AUGUACAUAUAUCAGCCGCCCGAUGCUGAGAAGAUCGACAUCCUAGAGACUCCCAAGGAGAGAAUGCACCCCGACACUCUGACGGUCGAUGACCAUCGAAAGGAGAUCCCUCCAACGACCCUCUCAGCGUCAGCGUCUUCGCUGCCCCGCGACGACGACUCAGGCGCGGGGAUUACAAAGCCGGUGAUCAUCUUCUCCCCGGGGAAAACGGAUGCGCCUGAGGACAAGACACCCCAGCGAUGGACGCGAAAACGGAUCGCAUGGAUUGGCAUCAUUGCCUUCUCCGCCCUGGUGAUCGUUGUUCUAGUCAUCACCUUGCCAGUCGUCCUACUCCGACGGCGUGGACCGCCCGACGACCCCAGCUACACCAAGACAUCAAAUCGCCCCCUUCUUGUGGUCGAUAACUUUCCCGAUCCAGGCCUGAUCCAUACCAACGGGACAUGGAUUGCCUAUGGGACAAACGCAAAGAAAAACGAUUCCAAUGUGGCCCAUAUCCCCGUCGCCACCUCUAUGGACUUUACAAAUUGGACUCAUAUCGAAGGCUACGAUGCCAUGCCCACCAUAGGCGGUUGGGAGAAGAGAAUCAACCAUUGGGCGCCCGAUGUGAUUGAACGUAAUGAUGGCAAGUUUGUCAUCUACUAUUCAGGAGAGUUAAAGGACUGGAAACGGCACCACUGCGUCGGGGUCGCCGUGUCCGAAGAAAAGGAUCCACUAGGACCGUACAUUCCUGAAAAGAAGCCGUUAGCCUGCCCACGAAAGCACGGCGGUGCCAUUGACCCCUCGCCAUUUCGCGAUACCGAUGGCAAAUUGUACGUCGUGUACAAGGCCGACGGCAAUAGUAUUGGCCACGGCGGCAAUUGCAACAAUAGCAAAAAGCCGAUCGUGACCGUUCCGAUCAUGCUGCAAGAGCUAGAAGACGACGGUACCACGCCGGUUGGAGACCCCGUCCAGAUUCUCAGAAACGAGAAGAGCGACGGCCCUCUCGUUGAAGCCCCGAGUCUCAUCUAUACCCAGGGGCUAUAUUAUCUGUUCUUCUCGUCGCAUUGCUUUACCUCUCCCGAGUACGAUGUCAAAUACGCCUAUUCGACAUCGCUGAAGGGCCCGUAUGUACGAGCUGCCAGACCGUUGUUGAAGACGGGCGAUUUCGGGCUCAAGUCACCCGGAGGCGCGACUGUCUCACCAGAUGGAACCAAGAUGGUGUUCCAUGCGGACUGCAAAACCAGUUGGAGAUGCAUGUAUGCGGCCGCCAUCGAUAUAAGGGUCAACUCAACUGUAACCCUUACCUCUCUUUGA